AUGACGAACGACAGUUACCCCAAGAAAUAUGACAUUGUCAUCGUGGGCGCAGGCCCCGUUGGCAUCCUCCUCUCGCUUUGCAUGUCCCGCUGGGGCUACAACGUGAAGCACAUCGACAACCGCCCCGUGCCUACCGCCACUGGUCGCGCCGAUGGCAUUCAGCCGCGAUCCACCGAAAUCUUGCGCAACUUGGGGCUGAAGCGCAAUAUCAUGGCCUACGACCCCGCUAAGGUGUACGAUGUUUCUUUCUGGGACCCGCGCGCCGACGGAAAGGGUAUUCAGCGGACUGGCAACUGGCCCAGCUGCCCGCGCUUCAUUGACACGAGGUAUCCUUUCACCACUCUUGUUCACCAGGGCAAGAUCGAGACCGUUUUCCUCGACGAGAUCAAGAAGGCCGGUACCUCCGUCGAGAGACCCUGGACGAUCACUGGAUUCAAGAACGAUGGCCUAGACGAGACGUACCCUGUUCAGGUUAACCUCAAGUGCCUGGACACCAACGUCAUCGAGACCGUUCGCGCCAAGUACCUGUUCAGUGGUGAGGGUGCUCGCAGCUUCGUUCGCGAACAGCUUGGUAUUCAGAUUCGCCACAAGGACCCUAUCUCCUACGUCUGGGGUGUCAUGGACGGUGUUGUCAGGACCGACUUCCCUGAUAUCAAGACCAAGUGCACUAUCCACUCCGAUGCCGGUUCCAUCAUGGUUAUUCCCCGCGAAGACAACAUGGUCCGUCUCUAUGUCCAGAUUGCCUCUUCUACCGACCCCGACUUCAACCCCAGAAAGACCGCCACCGCGGAAGAGGUCCAGGAUGUCGCAAAGAAGAUCCUCAAGCCGUACUACUUGGAAUGGGAUCGCGUUGAAUGGUACUCUGUUUACCCCAUUGGACAGGGUAUCUCCGAAAAGUAUACCCUGGAUGAGCGUGUCUUCAUGGGAGGUGAUGCCUGCCACACGCACAGCCCCAAGGCCGGUCAGGGUAUGAACACUGCUUUCCACGAUGCCCUCAACAUGGCCUGGAAGCUCCACGCUGUUGAGUCUGGAUUGGCCGACCGCUCUAUCCUCAGCACCUACGAGACUGAGCGAAAGAACAUUGCGGAGACGCUGCUCGACUUUGACAGCAAAUACGCCGCUUUGUUCUCCAAGCGCCGCCCCAACGCUGGCGAAGUUGGCUCAGCUGCCAGCACUGAUACCUCUCGGAGUGUGGAAGAGGACCCUUUCGUCAAGACAUUCAAGGACUCCUGCGAGUUCACCAGUGGCUACGGUGUUGCUUACCAGCCCAACGUCUUCAAUUGGGAUUCCUCUCACCCAGCCCAAUCUCCGCUGUUCAAUGUCCCCGGCAUCAACCUGGUCACCGGCAAGGCUUUCACGCCUUCGACCGUCACGCGCCUAGCGGAUUCCAACUUCGUGCACCUUGAGCAGGAGGUCCCGGCAAACGGUGCAUUCCGCAUCUUCGUCUUUGCUGGUAGACAGACGAAGACCAAGAAGGCCAUCACCGAUUUUGCGGCCAACCUUGAGAAGGAGCGCUCAUUCCUCUCCGAGUACCGCAGGUCCGAUAUUGCGGACGUUUCGUUCUUUGAGCGCCAUGUGCCCCACUCCAAGCUAUUCACCUUCUGCGUUGUCUACGCUGAGAAGAAGAAUGACAUCGAUCCGGAGUCGAUUCCCCAGGUUCUCCGUGACUACCGCUAUCACAUCUACUCUGAUGACAUCCCCGACGUGCGCGUCCCCAGCGCCACGUACGCUGCCCACGAGAAGCUUGGGUUCGACCCUGAGAAGGGUGGUGUCGUUGUUACACGCCCUGACAGCCACGUUGCCUGUACAGUGCAGUUGACCGAGGGCAGCGGCACGGUUGAUGCUCUGAACGCAUAUUUCAAUGCCUUCUCCACGAAGCCUCUGGGUCAGGACCAGCAGAGCCGUCUGUAG